UCACUACCCAAUAUCCUCAGCUAAUCACAUUGGCGAAACUAUAUUUUCAACUCACAUUUAUGGAAAAAUUCUUGCAAGAACCGCCAUAAAGGUAAAUUUGAUUUGGUUGGUGAGAUACCAUUGGAUCGUGAUAUUGAAUUCCUUGUUGACUAGAUCCCUGUGGAAUGCCAAAAUGCAAUACACUUCAACUGAAUUGAAGAGACCGAUCACUGAGAGCAUUGAUGUAGCUCAAUAUGUAGAUAAAAGCAACGGUGAAUUAAAGAUGAAUGACAAGGACGGGUUUGUGGAAGGUACGAAAGUCUUUUUCAACAGAAGUGGUGGGACUGUAUAGGCGCCGAAGGUUUUUGGUCGUCAUAAUCUAACGAUAUAUUUCAACUAUUGCAGUGAUUGUAGCUAAGCCAGAGGAAACUUUGGCGCAUUCUUGUUCUGCGAUGAAAUACAUGUUCAGCAUCCUAUGUCUUCCUGGUGCCAGACAAGGCAUUGAGAUUGCGGCACCCACGCAAACAACUUCCAAAGAUGCUGAAAACGAUAUGCACUACAAGCGUGGGUUAAAAGCAGGCAUGCUUGACCGUUGGCUUGACGCUAUUGUCGAAUUUUCCGGUUCCGCAUACAUCUUCUUCUUUAUAAUGGCUGCUCUCUUCACUUGGGUUUUUAUGGGCAUCCCUUUCGGCCAUUCAAACUAUUGGCAAAUCGUCAUUUCUGACUCGCAGGCAAUUCUUAGCUACAUCUUUGAUUCUCUACUUAUGCGUCAGCAGCUGAAUGGCUAUAUAUCAAACUUGGAAGUGUCUGCCUGUUUGCGAUCUCGGUGCGCUAGCCACAAAAGGAUGUUGCGCAAUUUGAAUGCAGCUAUCGACUACAAAGAAAUAGAUGGAGUUAAGGUCGAUGAGUUUGCAACUCGUCUUCCUCCUGAGAAUUGGUUCGGCAGAAUCUGUACUCGGGCUUCUUUCUUUCUUGGUCACAUCUUUACCGUUGUAAUAUUUUGGAUUGGCAUUAUCAUCUGGCUUGGAUUUGGGCAAUACUGCGGCUGGAACAAUGACUGGCAGCUAUAUAUCAACUCUGCUACAUCGGCCAUGAUGGUUCUGUACUUCUCUUUCUUGGCAAACAUCAGAGAACGUCAUAGCAGAUAUAGCCGUAUGUGCGUAGAUUUGAUUUAUCAAGCUGAUUCCGCUCUUGAAUACAAGUUGAGAGUUUUGACUGGCGAUGAGACUCCUAAUCAGCCGAUUAUCAUACAAGGACUCAAGGUCGGCAACAUACAGAGGGCAAUCGACUAUUAUGCAGACCUCGUUGGAACUCUCUCUGGUAUAGCCAUCCUUAUUAUAGUGCUCAUCAUAUGGAUAGCCGUCGGCCCUUUGAUGUCCUUUAGCGACAAUUGGUGGCUACUAAUUGGAACAUAUACAGGGUUGAUUGGUAUGAACGAUGGCUUUGUUCUAAGGAAUAUACACCAUGUCCUCAGAGUGCACGAAGAUAUUCAAUUCGAAGAAGUUUACAUGGAAGAUUCUGAAGCAUUUUCAAUUAUCAACCUAGCUCAACCCAAAGAUGGCCAAUUUUCAAAGCGCUCGUUCAGCACCAGACUUUCCUUGGCAGUUGGCAAUGUUUGCUCUAGCGAAUACAUGGUCAUUGCCGGUACUGCUACUAUGAUCGGUCUUAUCAUCAUUUCCAGCUCAAUGAACUGGAGCUUGACAGGUCAACUCAUUUCGAACGUGCCUCCAAACAUCAUUGAGACGUUCUUCAUGAUGAUCCUUAUCACAGGACAUAAUGAUUUUGAAACCAAGAGACGCGAAGACCUUCAUAACAUUUAUGCAAAGCGAUUGAAGCUGCUAUCUUACGUUGAUACCUUGAUGUGAACCAGCCUUCUACACGAAACUGAUAAUAAAGCUAUGAAAGCACUGAGAUAAUAAGAUAUCGUUGAAAAAUA